AUGUCUGUCACCCUAUACAUAUGUGCUGCAGGAGCAGCAUUCGCCUUCUUUGGGCCAACCUUCAAGUGUAUACCGGGCAUGUGGCAUGCACGAGUCCUGUAUACCAUUAUAACCGGCAAAAUUCUAUUCAAAAAGAGCCGAUAUCCACUGUUCCAACCGGAUGUUUUAACAUCGCGAGCUCCGAUCUUCGAGCUUGACAUUCAAAUGCACAAGACCAACUCCAGUUACUUUGCCGAUUUGGAUGAGAGCCGGCUUUGA